GGGGAGGAGUCUCAUGGUUUAGGCCAGGACAGACCAAAGGACAAACAGACAGAGGUGUAGAAAGAGAAAGUGGCUCAUAACUGGGACAACAAAGAAUAAAAAAGGUCUCCUCAUACAUUUCUGAAGCAGAAAAUAUAUGGCAAUGUCUUCCACUGCUAUGGUGGCCCGGCGGGCCCUCACCGCUGCAUCACAAGGGGGUCAUGAAGGAGGAGCAAGGACCUGGAAGAUCCUGUCCUUUGUAUUGGCCCUGCCCGGUGUGGCUGUCUGCAUGGCAAAUGUUUACCUGAAGAUGCAGGCCCAUUCCCACGACACCCCAGAGUUUGUUUCAUAUUCACACCUGCGGAUUCGAACAAAGCCAUGGCCUUGGAGUGAUGGAAAUCACUCUCUUUUCCACAACACUCACACGAACGCUCUGCCUACCGGUUAUGAGGGACCUCAUCACUGAGCAGGACGCCCUCUGCUGUCUGCAGUACACUGAACUGCUUCACAGUGUCUCCUGUAAUGUCAAUCUUCACUCUGCAGUGACUGACAGAACUUUAAAAUCUUGAAAAUAAAUAAAGUGUUUAACUGUGAUAAUAA